AUGAGACUUCUCAAUUCGGCAACCUUGGCGCUCGAGGAGUUCCCAGGCGCCACUCCAGAGUAUGCCAUUCUGUCGCACAGAUGGCUGGAUGGAGAGGUGUCAUUAAAAGAUAUGCAAGAUGGCAAAGCAACAGCCAAAGCAGGGUACACCAAGAUCAAACAAUGCUGUGAGCAGGCCAGCAAGGAUGGGCUCAAAUACGCUUGGGUUGACACCUGCUGCAUUGACAAGUCGAGCAGUGCUGAGCUCAACGAGGCGAUUAACUCCAUGUACCGGUGGUAUCAAGAGGCGAAAGUAUGCUAUGCGUAUCUCUCUGACGUCUCAACGAGCGAUCUCGCCAGUGACGACACCAGCUUCAGGGCCAGCGCAUGGUUUACUCGCGGAUGGACCCUGCAGGAGUUGACGGCUCCAGCAAUUGUUGAAUUCUAUAACGCGUCAUGGCAGAAAAUUGGCACAAAGGAAGACCUGAAGGGGAUCCUUUGCGACAUCACCAACAUCGAUAUCGCCAUGUUAGAAGGCGGAGACCCAGAUGAUUUCAGUGUUGCCAAACGCAUGUCGUGGGCAUCAAUGCGCACAACUACACGACCAGAGGACCGAGCAUACAGUUUGCUGGGGCUUUUUGGCGUCAACAUGCCCAUGUUGUAUGGGGAAGGCGAUCGCGCAUUUGUUCGACUUCAAGAGGAGAUCAUGAAACACUCUGACGACCAGUCGAUAUUUGCCUGGAAGCGGGACGGGACAUCCAAAUGGCGAGCAGGACUACUAGCCAAGUCGCCAUCCGAGUUCAAAGAAUGCUCCAAUGUCGUGAGAGCGACAGUUCCGUGGAGUCGCAGCCCGUAUUCGGUUUCAAACAAGGGCCUGUCAAUUGAAUGGCCCAUGGUUCCGUGGGCCAUGGAAACAUAUCUCGUAGCUCUAGACUGUCAGUUCGAAAACGAGCCCAACAGUCGGAUUGGAAUAUACCUGCAACUUUUAGAGGAGGAAUCGCAAUUCAGUCGCGUACCUCUAGAUGGGAAAGACAGUCGGAUAUUUCCUUCGAAGUACGUGGACAGGGUCAUCUAUAAAACACUAUAUGUUCGACAAAAGGAUCGCCCGGCACCAGCUGUGGACCGUCUUUACGGAUUCUGGAUUCGAACUCUGCCCACUCCAAUAAGCACUGAGGAUGUCGAAGGAAAUGGACGCCGGGCUUCCAGAGUUAAUGCGUUGAUGCCGUGGUCCGACGAGGAUCGAAUCCUCCGCAUGCCAACCGGUUCACGAGGCACCGCAGGAUCAAUCUGGUACAAUAGAGGCGAGAAUAAAUCUACACCUCUGAAGUUAGGUUUCGAUCUCGACUUUAAUCCGAUUUGCCAGUGGGGAGGCCGGAUUUCCAGUCCCGUCAAGCCUCCUUUAUAUCCGGGCACCCGCGAAGCUGAACUUCACCCUUCCUGGAUGGAUGCUCCUAGUACAACCGAGUGGAUGCAUAGAGGAAACCGGCUGAAACAAUACAAUGGAAUUUCCGGUGUUCGUACGCGGAUCCUCAUGACGGAUCAAAUUGUGAAUGGUACUCGGAUGUGGGUGGUUGACAUUGUCGAUAUGGAUGGUCGACCUUAUCACAGUACGGCAAUCUGCGAUGGUUGCAAUAAUCAUAUUUUUGGCGUUCGGUACAAGUGCAGGGAUUGUGCUGACUUUGACUAUUGCGAUGUUUGCCACGGUCGUUCUGGGCAAACUCAUCCGGGUCACGAGUUUGAAGCUAUAGAAACUCCGCUGUCUUGA